AUGUCUGGAGCGGCAAAGGCUGUUCUGACCAUACACCCCAACAGCUCCCAGAUAUUCAGUGGAGAGUCUGUCACUCUCAGAUCUCUGCCCAAAGCUACACUGACUGUGAAGCCAAACCCUGUGUUCCCUGGAGAGACAGUUACUCUGACGUGUUCAGUAGGGUCUGACAGUAUCUGGAACUAUCAGUGGUACAAAGACAGUAAUGAUUAUGUACUACCCCAGUCUGCCAGACACACUAUAACAGGAGACACUCUCACCAUCAAUGGAGCAACAGUGAAUGAGGGUCCCUACUGGUGUCAGGGAGAGAGAGAGUCCAGACCCACUUCUUCAUCCAUCAGUGACCCUGUCACUAUCACUGUCAAUGCUCUGCCUGUGGCCUCAGUGAGUGUCUCUCCUCAGGGUCUCCUCUACUCUGGAGAGACAGUCAGUCUGCAGUGUGACAUACCAGGCUACACAGACUGGAUGUACUACUGGUACAAAAACAACCGAUACCUUCCCAGUCAGACCAGUAAAGCCAUAGAUAUCACCAUCCCCAUCACUCUGACUGGUCAGGCUGGUCAGUACAGAUGUGAGGGGCUGAGGACAGAUCAGCCCCAGAGGUCACAACCCAGUGAUGACAUCACCAUCAGUGUCACUGCUCUGCCCAAAGCUACACUGACUGUAGAGCCAAACCCUGUGUUCCCUGGAGAGACAGUUACUCUGAUGUGUUCAGUAGGGUCUGACAGUAUCUGGAACUAUCAGUGGUACAAAGACAGGACUGAUAAUGUAGUAUCCCAGUCUGGUUACAGUAACAUUGGAGUCUCUCACAUCAGUAGAGCUGAUGUGUCUGACCAGGGUCAGUACUGGUGUGAAGGGAACAGAGUGUCUAGACCCACAUCUUCACAACCAAGUGAUCCUGUCACUCUCACUGUAAAAUCUCUUCCCAAAACUACUCUGACUGUGAAGCCAAACCCUGCAUACACUGGAGAGAAAGUCACUCUGAUGUGUUCAGUGAGGUAUGACAGUAUCUGGAACUAUCAGUGGUACAAAGACUGGAAUUAUAAUGUAGUGUCCCAGUCUGUCAGACACACUAUAACAGGAGACACCUUCACCAUCAGUAGAGCUGCUGUGUCUGACCAGGGUCCGUACUGGUGUGAAGGGAACAGAGUGUCUAGACCCACAUCUUCACAACCUAGUACUGCUAUUACUCUCACUGUAAAAGCCCUUCCCAAAACUACUCUGACUGUGAAGCCAAACCCUGCAUACACUGGAGAGAAAGUCACUCUGAUGUGUUCAGUGAGGUAUGACAGUAUCUGGAACUAUCAGCGGUACAAAGACUGGAAUUAUAAUGUAGUGUCCCAGUCUGUCAGAAACGCUAUAACAGGAGACACCUUCACCAUCAGUAGAGCUGCUGAGUCUGACCAGGGUCAGUACUGGUGUGAAGGGAACAGAGUGUCUAGACCCACAUCUUCACAACCUAGUACUGCUAUUACUCUCACUGUAAAAGAUCCAAACCCUGUGUUCCCUGAAGAGACAGUUACUCUGAUGUGUUCAGUAGGGUCUGACAGUAGAUGGAGCUAUCAGUGGUACAAAGACAGGAAUUAUAAUGUAGUGUCCCAGUCUGUCAGACACACUAUAACAGGAGACACCCUCACCAUCAGUAGAGUUACUGAGUCUGACCAGGGUCUCUACUGGUGUCAGGGAGAGAGAAGAUCCAGACCCACAUCUUCAUCCAUCAGUGAUGAUGUCACUGUUACUGUGAAUAAUUAUCAGCCAAAGACCACACUGACUUCAGACAAAGAGAACAUAUUCACAGGAGACAGGGUGACACUGAGCUGUACUGUAGAGUCUUCUGGAUGGACGUUUUACUGGUACAGACACAGACCAGACUCUACACCAGUAACCACAACCUCUGUAUACUCCUACAUACUCAGCCGGGUCAGUGUCUCUGAUGGAGGACAGUACUGGUGCAGAGCUGGGAGAGGAGACCCAGUCUACUACACCCUGUACAGUGACCCAGUCCAGAUAAACAUUACUGAGAGACCUGUUGCUGUUCUGACCCUCCAACCCAACUGGACCCAGAUAUUCAUUAGAGAGACUGUUACUAUGAGAUGUGACAUACAGGGAGAAGGAGACUCUGACUGGGACUACAGAAUGUAUAAGAAUAGUCAGUUAUUGCUCCCCUUAAACACAAAGUCUGAGUACAGAAUCAGUCCUGUCUACAGGUCUAACAGUGGUUCAUAUACCUGUGAGGGUGUAAAGGGAAGCACGUUCUCCAAGACCAGUGAGGCUGUAAAACUGACUGUGUCUGAUCAACCCAAGGCUGUCCUGAGUAUCUCUCCUCAGUGGCUGAACCCUGGAGACUCAGUGUCUCUGAGGUGUGAAGUUGACAAGACGUCUGCAGACUGGAGGUUCUCCUGGUACAGGACUGUUCCCAACAGAGCUGGAUUACCCUCCCUAUCAGACAAGUCUUACUCUCUACAGCCCCUAUCUGACAAUGGGACUAGUGAAGACUCCUACACUCUGAUCCCUGCUGGUCCUACUCCCACAGGAGGAUAUGUGUGUAGAGCUGGGAGAGGAGACCCAGUCUAUGAUACACUCUACAGUGAACCUCAGUUUCUCUGGUCAGCAGAUCUGCAGCCUUCAGUGUCUCUUACAGUAAAUCCCAACAUAACUCAACACUUUAGAUCAAAGUCUCUCUCACUGAGCUGUGAGCUGAAGGGGAACUCUACUGGAUGGAGACUGAAGAGAUACACAGAGACAGCAUGGACGUCAGAGUGUCCAUCUACCUGGAGAUCAAUAACAGAAUCCACCUGCACCAUCACAUCAUUGAACACAGGGGACAGUGGAGUGUUCUGGUGUGAGUCUGGAUCAGGAGAGUACAGUAAUGCUGUCAACAUCACAGUGAACGAUGGUGAUGUGAUCCUGGAGAGCCCUGUCCAUCCCGUGACUGAAGGAGACUCUGUGAAUCUGACCUGUACAUUUAGAUAUCAGGAAACAAAUCCUAAACCCAAGACUGAUUUCUACAAAGAUGGAGAACUCAUCAAGAAUGAGACCACAGGAGAGAUGACCAUCCCUACAGUAUCCAAGUCAGAUGAAGGAUUCUAUAAGUGUAAAUCUGAUGAAGGAGAAUCACCAGAGAGCUGGGUGACAGUGAGAGUCGUAUCUCCUGGACCCUCUACAUCAGUCCUAGUAGGAGUGGUUGUGGGUCUGGUUGUUGCUGGUGUUUUACUGGUCAUUCUCCUGGUCCUGCUGGUGAGAUAUCAGAACAGAAAAGGCCCCCUCAGCCCCAGAGAACCAACCAGGACCCCCAACAGGACCAAGGGUCUACCCAGGGCCAGGCUCCUGAUACUGGAUUCUGCUGAAGCUUCUGCUGCUGGACCAAGUCAUGUGACCUACGCCCAGAUUCAACUGAAAAAGUUGGACAAGAAAAAGAAAGGUGACUCUCAACUGUGA